GAGUAGACAAUUUGACGAAGUAGUUCCGGGGUCGCUGGGCAACUACCCCUAUUGACUACGAUUACUAAGCUAAGCCAAUCCCGGGGUAUCGUGAAGGGAGUACGGAAUUUACGAAGCCUAAGUGGACAUGACCAAGCCAAUGACGGCUCAAAAGCUUCGGCGUUGUUAACCCGUUGCUUUCCUUGACCCCUCUCCACCUUCGCCGUCAAAUCCAUGCUAUUACCGAGGUUUACAGCGAAUAUUGGAGACCGUUACUUCCAAUCCUCAUCUGAUAUCAUCUCCACCUUCCGCUGGCGCCAGCUACCCCGAGCCGACACCCACCAUGCGGUCUUCAUAAAUCGCGUGGAGCCCCGGGUGCGCAGAUCUCCGGGGCAACUGCGGCUUGGCUACCUGCUUACCUGGGACCUACUUCCUAUACUCAGCACACUUUAACAGCUAGAUAAUACACAACCAUGGCAACCCUCGCCCUAGCAUCCUGGGCCACAAACCUCACCUACACCAACCUCCCCACCCCCGUCCUCGACGCCGCCGUAAAAAGCAUCUACAACUGGGCCGGCUGCGCCAUCGGCGGGUUCGGCCAAGACGCGCCGCAAAUCGCGCUCAACACAUCCCUAGCCGUCGGCUUCAACGGGCCCGCAACAUCCAGCAUCCUCGGCUUAAACAGCUCCUCCGACGCGUUCGCAGACGCGCAACUCGCCGCGUUUAUAAACGGUAUCGCGUCCCAUGUCGACGAUUACGAUGACACGCACCUGGCAACAGUGAUCCACCCGUCUGGAGUGAUUGCUAGCGCCCUGUUCGCCAUAACUGAGGCACGAUCGCAGACGUCUCGAGACGGUGGACCAAACCCUGUCUCCGGGCCAGACUUCCUAACCGCGUUCAUCGCAGGCGUCGAAACCUCGCUGCACCUGGGCCGGUCCGUGUUCCCUGAACACUACGACGUAGGAUGGCACAUUACCAGCACUACGGGGUCAAUCGGAGCCGCGGUAGCGGUGAGUAAACUCCUCGGGCUGGACACCGAGCACACGCAGCAGGCGAUCGGGAUCGCGUCGACGCAGGUAGUAGGGAUGCAAGCGUUCUUCGGGUCGAUGACGAAGGCGUUCCACAUCGGGCGCGCGACGCAGUCGGGGCUUUUAGCCGCGCUGCUUGCGCGGGAGGGGUACACGAGCUCGCUUACGGCGUUGGAGGAUCAGUAUGGAUGGUUGCAUGUAGUAACGACGCGGGAGAACGCGACAGCGGAGUUUGAGCAGUUGGGGACGGUGUGGGAGAUUGAGGAGAAUACGUUUAAGCCGUUUCCGUGUGGGAUUGUGAUGCACCCCGCUAUUGAUGGUGCGAUACAGAUUUAUGAUGAGAUGGUGGCGUUGGGGAAGACGGUUCAGGGGGGUGAGGUUGAGAGGAUUGAUUUGAGGAUGAAUCCGGAGGUUUUGGUGUUGACGGGGCAGACGGAUCCGCAGACCGGACUUGCGGGUAAGUUUAGCAUUUAUCAUGCUGCAGCUGUUGGGCUUUUGUAUGGACAGGCGACGCCGGCGCAGUUUACGGAUGCGGUUGUGUUGAAUUCUACGGUGGUUGCGCUGCGGAAACUGGUUAAUGUUACGACGGAUGCUGAUGUGGCGGAGGAUGCCGCGCAUGUUAAUGUGACGUUUAGCGACGGGAGCACGGUGAAUAAAUAUGUCGAGCAUGCAAUUGGAAGCUUGGCGAACCCCCUGACAGUAGCGGAGCUGAAGACGAAGUUCAUGGACCAGGUGACGAAACAGAUUGGCGGCGCGAGGGCCGAGAAGGCGUAUACGGCUUUCACAAAUAUCGGUAAUAUGACGGAUGUUGGGACGCUGAGGACGCUCUUCUAAGAGCUGUCCGUGAUAAUUGCUGAUGCUCUAGCUCUACCUGAUGGUCGGGACCCCUUUGUCCGCGAAGAAUUCCAUCUUUGAGAUUGGAUAAUGAACAUAAUGGACCUUAUUCUAACAAUAGAAAUUCUUUCGUUAGAAAACAAUACACGAUUGAAAAUUCAAAAGCAUUGUUUUCAAAAUGUAAUGGACGUAUAUAAUGUAAUAGC